AUGGCCCACUGCCGAACACGCGCCGACGCCGAGCCCGAGAAAGGCGAGGCUGACGAGAUUUCGCUGCCGCACGCCCUCCUCGACGGCAGCGACGGUUCCCCGUCAGCCGACACCGUCUCUUCUCUUUCCCAGGAGCAUUCGACGCUCUGUGCAUCUCCUUCCAUCAAGGACAACGCUGCGGAGACUAGGGAUGGUCCUUCCCCCUCACGGACACCCUUCGACCGGGUCUUCUGUCCCUCUCGAACCCGAACCUCAACCACCCCCGAGGCCGAGGUAGAGCGUCUCAACGACGCUCUCCGCGUGGCCGAAGAGGGUCGUCGCCAGGCGGUCGCCGAGUCUCACGCGCAAGAGCAGAUAGCGCACGAAGCUGGAGAAGACCAUCUCCAGGCGGUCGCCGAGGCUUGCGCGCACGCGCGGAGAGCGGCCACAGCCGAAGAAGGCCGUAUCCGGGCGGUCGCCGAAUCUCGCGCGCAAGAGCAGCGAGCGAACGAAGCCGAAAAAGACCGGCUCCAGGCGGUCGCCGAGGCUCGCGCGCACGCGCAGAGGGCAGCAGCGGCCGAGGCUACUACCCUCCGUGUGCUCGAGCAACAGCUUGCGCUCGCGAACUCGCGCGCCCAAGACGCGGAUCGAUGGUUGGCGGAGGCCCAGGCGGCGCGGCGCGAGGCGGAGCGCGAGGCGAUGGAGGACCGCGCGGCACUCGAGGCACUGCGGCGCGAGGCGGAGCGACUCAAGAUCGAUGAGGCCGUCGUCAACCAGGCCUUCAAGCUGCCCGCGACUGGCACGCCCGCGCAGUGGAGAACCACCGUCCCAUCCGCAUCGGUCCCAGCGGUCACCGAUCUCAAGGGAUGCCACCACGAGUCCACGACACCGAACCAACGGGCCACGCUCGAACAACGCUCCGGCUCGGUCACUUUCGUGCAAGCCCCACACCGAAAAGAACCUCCGUGGCAUGAAUGUUCGCUCUCCACACAUGGCUCCGCCCUUCUUGUCAUCCUCGUCGUCUACCUCAAGCUCGCGCACGGCGUCUCCCUUGCGAGCGCCCACCCGGCGGGUACCUCCCCCGUCUCCGACUCGUUCGAUGCUGACCAACUUCCUCCCCCCACCCGCGCCAGCGCCGACACUGUCCCUCCCGCUCUUGAGGACAACGCCGCCUGGAUGGCUGGGGUCGGGAUGCCGCUCGACUUUGACGGCAGCGACCGGGAGGAGGCGGACGACUUGGAUGGGGCGGAACGAGAAUCACUCGGCACUGCAUCUCGUGGAUGUUCGAUCAACCCCCAGGCCGAGCUCAUGUGCCAAGUCCCCACCGCAAAGCUAACUCCUCCGGUGCCCGUUCCCCUCGCACCCGAGUUCGAGCUCAAAGUCGCUCCAUCGAUUCGCUCAGCGGCCGCCCUCGUCGCGCAGCACGCCGUCGACGACUCGACGUCGUUUGCCGACCCGCACAUACCGUGA